AUGGCAGAUGGUGGCAGUAUGCAGCCCGACAGCAAACAAUCUCAGCCCAGUUCAGCUCUAGCUCCAGCUCAACAGCAGAAUUCCAAUACAGAAGACGAGGCGAAGGGAAAGAAGCCAGCAGUUAAAAAGAGGACCAAGACAGGAUGUCUGACUUGCCGGAAGAGGCGAAUCAAGUGCGACGAAACUAAGCCAAGAUGCAAGAACUGCAUCAAGUCUAAACGACCAUGUGAAGGAUAUACGCAACGUGUUGUCUUUAAGGACCCUGCAAAUUUAGGAACAACUCAUGGCCAUUUUGGACCAGCCAUAUAUCCACCUGGUACUCGACAACAAAGCGCGUCCAUCGGACUUCACCCACAUCAGGCCAACCCUCAAGCUUCUCUGCAACCGAUUGCACCCAGACCGGCAACUUUCAAUGGCAGUCACAGGCAACCUAUGUCGUUUGCACAAGCCCACUCGAGCCACAGUUCGCUACCAAACUAUCCUCCAAUCCCGAACCCUCUUCUAGGACCGGACACUGCUCACCUCACCCAGAAUUAUUAUAUGGGAUCUAGCUAUGGCGAAGUUCCACCUGAUGCCCUUGGCCAGGAGCAAAUCUCCCGAGAAGAACAACUUGGACCCUCCUUUGAAUAUGAUAUGCCCUCCAACCGGGGUUACGGAUGGCCAGACCGCACCCAGUACGGACAUGGAGUCAUAGAAGACGAGGUUGCCAUGGACGACUCUGACGAUGAAUCCCCCGAUCCACAGUCGCUUAUUGUGCGAGAUUAUAGAGAUGUUUUAAAACCGUACACAAGAGGAGGCACCGAAGUUAGAACCUUUUCGGCAUUUGCACAGAACUAUGCCCUUUCAGAAUACAUGGACUAUGUUCAUUCCUCCGAGCUACGGCGGCAUGAUAUGCAAACCAUCUUCCGGCAUUUUGUUAGUGUCACUGGUCCUACCAUGUCACUAUAUGAGAGAGACCCAACCUCGCUCGCUUCAGGAGCACGAUUCGACGGUGACGCUACUCUAGAUAACAACUUGUGGAGCCAUUGCAAAUCUCCAAAAUACUCCGGCCACAGCCGCGUUAAGGCAUUACCAUAUUUCUCUUCGUCGAAAUGCGAGGAACUCAAGCGGAUGAGGCACUUUCCAAGCCCACUCUCAGCGCCGCCUUCCAUCGGGCCGCGAAGAGAUCCCGCCGAUCUUGAUUACGGGCUUCUAAGCACAAUUACGGGCCAUCGUGUCACAGCUGAGGAUUAUGGGCUCCAAGAAGGUCAGCUCCUGGACGAGGAAUGUCUAUGGACCACCGAUAAAGACAUAGAGACUUACGACAUGCUUCGAGACCUCUUCUGGUGGUAUGCGAAAAUGGAUGUUUAUCAGAGCAUGCUUGGUGGGACUAAACUAUUUAUGGAGUAUGAACAUUGGACGCAAUGCCCCCCACGGGCUCCCUUGUCCAGCAUUAACUCCAUUUUUGGGACUUACGAUCAUCUCAUUCUACUCCUUGGUCGUCUAGCGAGCUUUACAUCAAAAGACUUGUCGAGAAAAAGAAAGGCGUUCCGAGCAAAAGGUGGUGGAUCCUUUAGGGGAGGAUCAUCUCCAUCCCAAUUUCCCGGAAUUGUGCCUACUCUAGGAAAAUUCCAUGCCCCAAUAGGCUUUUCUGCACAGUCAUCUUAUUCGGACGAGUCGGAUUCUCCAGGUGACACGGCAACACCUGAAAGCAACGAGCUAGCCGAGCAGGAAUGGGAAAGUAUUCGCCAAGCGUUCGAGACCUUUGAGAAUCGUCUUGACGCUCGUUUUAAGCCUUUAAAUAGCGAAUAUGCCGAUCACAAAGACACACCAUUUGGUACAGCACUCCAGUACCGCACAUAUUCCGUUGCUGGCAUUUGGAUGAAUUACUAUAUGGGUCUUAUUCACUUAUACCGGAGUCGGCCCAACAUGCCACCAGCGGCAAUGCAGGCUGCAGGAAUGGCGGCGCCCUCUACUGCCGGUUAUGCAAUACAAAUUGGACGUAUCGCAGCCGGGCUCACAGACAACUGUUCUACAAAGAAAGAUAUUAGUACUACGCUUGCAGCUGCUCUCAUUGAAAGCAGCUUCUGCCUAUUUGUGGCAGCGGUACAGCUCCAAGAUAACAAUCAACGCUGUUGGGUUAUUCAGCGUGUAUUUGAUAUUACUCGACUGACUGGAUGGCAAACUGCCAGAAAAAUUGCCAUUGGAUGUGAGUCGGCCUGGAUUAAGGUUGCACAGCUGGGCCAUGGACCGGAGUAUAAAAGGCCGCAGCAUCUGGAAGAGGUUCCCACGUCUGUAUGGAUGAACCCUCGAAAACUAGACCAGAGGAUUCAGGAUCUGCAGAACACCACGGAGACAAGACUAGUCCUCCACCGGUCUGAACAGACCAAUCUAGCUUUAGGCUUGCUCGGGGUAGAAACAGACUUAGAGGUGCUAGAUCUUAGGGAGGACCGCUAA